UUGCGGUUCGUCGUCGAGUGAUCGCGUUGUGUUUUUCUCCUUAUAUAAAAAAAGGAAAGAAAGAAAAAAACACCUACAUACAUACAAAGAGAGAUUGGGGGAAAAGGGAGGACCCACCAGAACAAGAAGAACGAAAAUCUGUGAAGAGAAAUUGGACUAUCUACCAAGAGGCAAGGAUUCAUUGAUUAUUCACAUGUAAAUAUCCAGAUCGCGACAAAAGUUGCAAGCGGUAAUUGGGGUGGACCUCUCCGGGAAGUGGAAAAUUUUAGGUGAAAUCGAAGCUAAAUCUAUCCAUCUCUUCUUAAUCUAUUGAACGCUGCCCAUCUCUCCCGGCGGUGAAGUGAUGCUGUAAUUCGUGAUUGAUCCUGGAUUCCGGCAUCGAAGAGAGCGAGAAGGAGAGCCAGAAUUCGGUGCAAAAAGAUAAAAAAAGAAAAGUUACCAUUACAGAAAGGUGAAAAUGUCGUGUAUUCGAUUUAUGUGAGAUUUGCGUCAAAAGGGAAGAAAAUCGCUGAAGCGAGUGGAGCGGAAGAAGAGCAGAAGCUUGGCCGAAGCGAGUGAGCGAAGAAAAGACGCCGGCUUAGGGGUGGAAAAACAGUGCUGCCCUCCAGGCAGAGUGGCGGGCGUGAGGCGAGUGAAGGGCUUGGUGUUGUUGUUGUAGUUGGGUUCCUCCGAAGAAAGUGAUCCGAUGAAAAUUUGAUGGAAUUCAAAAGCUCUUGAAAAGUUUACAGUGAAAUUAAUGCAAAUUUUAUACGGUGAAUAAGGGGCGUGUUGUAAGUCGAUGCUGAAUAAUAGCGGUUUGUAGUUGUGAGAGAGGUGAAGGUGAAUUGAAGUUUUGUACUAAGUUAAAGUUUGUGGUUUCUAUAAAUUGAAAUUAUCGAAAAGUGAGGGUUAUUGUGAAAAGAAAAUCCAAAUUAAAUAGGUGAAAAAUAAAACAGUGAAUUGAGUGAAGCAAAGGAUCACGCUGCAAACGAAAUACUCAAAAUCAACAAAGGAGAAUUUCACAUUUACAGGAGUGUGCCGAAGGAAGCAAGCGAAUAACAACAAAAAGAUGCAUCAACAUCGCUUGGACUCGUAAAGCUUUGGAAUUCUCUGCUACUAUUGUUCGGGUUUUUACGACUUAGCAUCUCAUAUCAAACUGUGGAGCAUCAUCGUCAUCAUCAAGAAAAGCUUCAGCACCACACUCGAGUGGAAAGCAUCGUAAAAACCAUCCAAAACCAAGUACCAAGUCUGCCACCGUCGACCGACCAUCCGACGCAAAAACGGCGCUCCAUUUUCCAGCAGCCAACAAACACAUCCCGAAAACAUUUCAAUCUACAUUCAUUUAUCAUGCUCGUUUGAAUGCGAGGGCUGCAACUUUCCACGACAAUUAAUUCCCGGGAACUCGAGAAAUGACCCAUCGCAUCACUCGCCUUGGCUUUAAUUAUCUUGAUUUUCGAACCAGCGGCAUCGGCACCUAUUUCGUUCUUGGUGCCAUCAACGUGUAAUCAACGAAUCGCGAAAUCGAGUCCACGAGCUUGGGGAGCCGCAUGAUGGAACCAUCCUGGCCUGGCUUUAGCAACAACGAUAACAACGACAACUUCAACACCAUCAGCGUCCAUCGCCAUUAUUGUCACCACCAACAGCAGCAGCAGCAGCAGCAAGAAGCCACCAGCGUAAUUGAGCUACAGCAGCUGAAAGAGAUUAUCAUCCUGCAGCUUCACGACGACGAGAUACGACGAUGGAAGUGUAAUCACUGAGACCAGCCAGGUUCCGUAAGAGGCCAGAUGAGACGGGAGCAGUGCUUCAAAUUUGGCUGCAACCACUCAACGACGAGAGACGACCAAACGGACGAAGAAGAAACAGAAGACGACGAGGAAAAACCUGCUGACAGUAUUUAGUCCGUAAAGCCGCGAUAUGAAAACAAAAAGCACAAAUAGAAACCGAGACAAACUUUUCGCCAACCGUGCAACUGAAAGCGACCGUAUAUAAUUCAAAUUGAGCAGCCAUAGCCAUAGUCAUCGUCGCAUCAUCGUUCGUCAUUUGUUCGCGCCGUGGUGUGAUCUGCUAAGUUUGCUUUCGCUGCUGGUUGAAGGCGAUCAUUUACGCUGCUGCCAUCGCUUUGCGCUUGUUAUUUGCUACAAGAAAGCAUCAGCGAGAACAGAACUUUCCCUCGGAAAAGUCAAACCAGAAGUCGCGGACAUUAUUUGAGGUAUUAAUUUACAAGUCGACGGAUUAGGCGGGAAUUGAUAAUUAUUUGCUGCUACUUGUGACGGCGUUCGUUUGCUGCCAGGGCACGAAAUCGUAAAAUUUCAAGAUCGAGAACAUCAACAUCAUCAUACAGCUGCGACAACAUCUCGAACAAACUCACACAGAAGAUUCUGCUGGCUCUGGUUGACAGAUAUUACCUCCUGCAGACCAAGAGCGAACACGUGCUACACAAAAUUUCACGGCGUCCCAUUGCCGAGUUCAACUCGUUGUCACAGGGGUCCUCGCAAUUUUAGAGGGGAAAAAAGUGUCACAUAACAGAACAAAGUUAGCAAUCGAGUGGGUGGUUGCAAGGAGAAUCACUAAUAAGAAGAAGACAUGAAAACUGUACAUGUUGUACUGCUGCAAUCACAAAAGCUUCCCAACGUGACGUGAGAAAGUGAAAAGCGUACUGUUGGUCGUUAAACCGUGAAUUCUCUUAAUUUCGUCUUUUCGUUUGUUUAGUUGAUUCGUUUUUUCUUUCGUUUUUCGUUUGUUAUGAUGAUGAGAUUUGGUUCACAUGUGCUGCUGAGUGGAACGGCAAUUGUGAGAACGAAUACUCUUAAAUUGAAAGGUAAAUAAAAGAAGUGCUUCUUACCGUGGUGCUACACAAUUCUGGGAAAGGAAGAAAGUUGAAUACUUGCAAGGCGAAGAUCAAAGGUCAAAGGAAGCUUACCAAGUGAAGGUGCUUGGGUGGGAAAAGGAACGAAGGUCCCCAGUGAUAGAAAAUAAGGACGUAGACGACGUUGAAGUGUUGAGAUCGAAUUCGAAAAAGUAAUUAUAAUUUUAACCACCCCCCGUAUAAGAAUAUUAUGCCAAAGUGUUGGAAAAGAAAACCGACGGGCUAUGUUUGUGAUGCUGUCAGUUCGCACAACAGCCACCGUUCGUGAACGGCCAGCCGAGACGGUCAAGAAGGCAAUCAACAUAAACCAGCUCAUCAAGAACCUAAACAACCGGAAGACCAAAAGCCAAAAACAGAAGCAGAAAAUUGGCAAUAGCAGUAGCAAUAGCAGCAGCAACAGCAGUAGCAGUAGCAGUAGUAACAACCUCAACAAUCUAAACAACGCAACUGACCGUAACGGCAAAAAGAACAACAUCGGAACCGAAAGUGACAGCCUAAACGACCAGAAGAACCUACGGCGGGACAAGAACAGCUACCAAAAGACAGCCGACAAGACGAUCGAUAAGGCAUCGAUCCAGAUCAUUGCACCACCAAGCAUAACCACAGUACUAGCGACGCCGCCGACGACGACGACGCCGCUCCGAAUAUCAGUAGAGCCCAUUCCGCAACGACUGGGGCAGAUUCCGGAGGAGGACAAAAAACAGGUGGAUCCAGGCCAGCAGCAGACUACGAUCGGAAUCGGUUCGGUUUCGUCACCGGAGAAGCAGGAACAGCGACAGCAGAGCGGCGCAAAUCAGAACCAACAGCAGCAGCAGCAACAACAACAGCAGCAGCAAGAACAGACACAAGAACAGCAACAGUCCAAGACCAAGUUUCUUUUGCCGGAGUUGAACAACUUCAGGAAACCACCAACCGUACAGGUUCCAGUGGCAACCAUACUGAACGAUCUUAGCCCCGUGCCAGCGCCUGUGAAAGUUACCAAUAAAAUCUCCAACUCGAACCCUAUGAGUCCUAUGAACCCCGCCGGGCUACAAAGUAACUCGCCGGACGUUAAGGCCAUGCGGUACUACAGAUUGUGGAUCUACACAUGCAACGCUGUGCUCUUGAUGGCGGUAAUUGUAUUCUGUGGCGUUGCGGGCAAAAUUCUAUUCUCCGACUACAAGCGUUUGCUGGUGAACGGGCUCAGUCUGACGCAGCCGAGCUUCAUUUACGCGUACCUAGCGCUGUUGGUGCAAUCAGGUUUCUUACAACUGAUAGGGUGUCUUGGUGCCUUACGACUAUCGGAGAAAUUAUUAAACGCUUACUGGUCGCUUUUACUCGUAUUGUUAAUAGGCGACGCCAUGUUGGGCAUAUUUUGGAUGUUCAAGUUCGACAGAGUGAUGCACGAUCUGCAACCGAUGCUGAAAACUCGCCUAGCCAAUGAAUAUGGAAAUUCAAUCGAAUUAACCGAUCUCUGGGAUCGGCUGCAAAGCGAAGGCCGAUGCUGCGGCGUCACUGGACCACAAGACUUCCCGGUACUCGUGAAUCGAACCUAUCCGGACUCGUGCUGCGCCGCGGACAUUGCGGAACAGAUCAGCAUAUCGCGGAGGCCGCUUGCGUCGGCAGUCGUCUAUCGCAGUGAAGAUCUGGACGAAAUGACGUCCAACCGUAACUUUAGUGAUAUCAGCGACAUGUGGAGCCUGAUAACGGCACCGAGCAGUAGUAGCAGUAGUAUCGUAAGCGGAGGAAACGGAAGUGGCAGCGGUGGUGGUGGUGGUUCUAGUAGUAGUAGUUUCAGUAGCGGUAGUAGUACGAGUGCCAUGAGUAGUAGUAGCAGUUUUGGCGUUCGCAGCAGCAGUAGUAGGGGAGGUGGUGGCGGUGAAAGUGGAGGUGUCAGGACGAUCAUGGCGUGCAGAGCAGUGUAUCCGCAGGGCUGCGCCGAUCGGAUCGUCUCCUGGCUGCGGCACACGGCGGACAUACUGUUCGUGCUGGGGUACUGUGUGAUAGCGUUCCUGAAGCUCUGCUUCCUUGGUAUUCUCCGGUACGAGAUCAAGGAAAUGAUUCAGAAAAUCAAACUGCUCCAAACGGAAAUGGCCGGAGCGAUACUGAACGGGGUGGACUGCGACCAACAACAGUUUACGUUGUUACAGCAGGUAACGAGUACAACCGUCAACGGGGGCAUCCACGCCGAGCCGAAGGUCGGCAAUCGGGACCGGGAGCGGACGCGGAUAGAGGCGGCCGAGAGCGAGCGGGAAUCGCUGCUUAACACCCAACAGGAGAGCACACCGAAGCUGCUCAAGCACAAACAACUGUACACCUGUAUCAACGAGCAGCAUCUCUGCGGGAGCGGGAGUGGGAGUGGGGGAGGAACUGCUGCCAGUGGCGGUGGCGGGGGCGGUGGUAGUGGUGGAGGUGCUCCGGGGUGCGGGUGCGAAUCCGAUACCAACUCGAACUGUGCGUUGUUAGUCGAGGAUAAUAAUGCAUCGUUGCUGUCUUCCACGGCGGGCGCGACCAAGACAAUAAACGGCAACAACAAUUACGAACUGAGCGAGUUCGACAGCAAGGCGCCCACGUACAGUUUCAGCAACGUGUGCAUGUUUACCAAGCUGACAGGAACAGCUACCGUGAUGUGAAACAUUAAAUUCCCAAUGACCCAU